GUUUACGCAAAAAAAAAUUUAUUCUCCGAUUGCUGAUCAGUCAAUUGCAAUCAAACGUCGAUCGGAUCGUAACGGUUCAAGUUUCAUCACAAUUUGUCCGAAAGAAGGGACAGAUCGAUACGUCGAAAUGUAAUCAAUCGUGGUUUCAAUCUGCAAAAGGUGAAGUUCUGGUUCGCGACCGGCGGCGCCGGAUUUUGCAUCAGCAGAGCUCUCGCCAUGAAGAUGACUCCCGUUGCUGGAGGCGGCAAGUUCAUCACGGUGGGCGACAGAAUUAGAUUACCGGACGACGUGACGAUGGGAUAUAUCAUCGAGUACCUGCUGAAAAAGCAGCUCACCGUGGUCGAGCAGUUCCAUUCCCAUCUGGAGCCGAUGAAGUUCCUCAAUAAGGACACAUUCGCCGAGCAGGUGUCGUUCAGUUACUCGAAAGGUCCGAGGGACGAGUGGAAUAUUCUGAAGAUCGAUGGCUUCGAUAUGAAGGACGACCCGAAAAGAUUCAGGUCGAUCCAUUGCCAUCUGUUCCCGCACGUGCCCAAUUGCCCGCACAGAUGAUGACCAGCGGCGGAUGAUCGUAAACGCGGUAAAGAAGAAGAGAAUCGCACGACGAUCGUCUUUUGGAUCGGCUGUUGACUGGGAGACGGCGUCCAGAUCGGUUGGCCCUCGAUCCAACGUCGCAGCGACGUAUGCUCUGUUCUACUGAUUUUCUACUGAAGUGUGUCAGACGCAAGUGUCUCCGCGCGACGUCAGACUCGUCGUCGAUUCGGAUCACUUUUGGCCACGGCGUUGAGUAUCGUUAUACCAUUUGAGAAAAGGGGGCAGAGUGAAGAUAUUUUUUAGAUUUAUCUUUUUUUUUUGUUUUAUUUGCAAUAUUCGCGGUGGUUCAGGGCGAACAUUUUUAGAUGAUAUUUCCUCCGAAGAUGGACGUGGAUAUUUUCUUUUUUUUUUUUUUUCUAGUAUAUUUUGAGAAUAGUGUCCAAGUGUCGCGAAACAAAAAUACGAGAAAUUGAAAUAAUUAAAUUUUGAAAUUUAACAUCUCGCGAGGAUAAUUUCGAUUUUGGAACAUCUAGAAUUUUUUUUUUUUUUUCGGUUAUUGAAUAUUGCGAACAUUUUUUUUGACGCCUCGUGCAUUUUAUACGUUUCUCGUGCUUUCAAACUUUCCAUAAACGCAGUAUGCUCAUAACCACACACUUCUGGCGAAAGUAAAAAUUCCCGAGCGUUGGUCUUUUUCGAAAGAACCUUUUUAAUUUAGGUCCAUCAUCCGAGUCUCGUUUGUAUGGAUCCUACUUGUGUACAUUAUUAGCGAAUAUUUAAAAAAAACAAAGAGAAAUUCAAUUCGAUCCUUUGCACUCGAGAGCUGCACGGGGCUCGAUUGAAAAUUUGUCUCGCAAUUUGAAUUUGAAAGUGUGAAAAAUAUAAAAUUCUGUUGUUAAAUGUAAAUGUAAUUGACGAAAAGAUAACAUUAUAGGUUUUUAAGGUUUUAAAGAGCAAAACUGAACAUACACGUAGAAUUUUAACACAAAUAUUAUUUUAUUCAAUAUUUACACGUAGAAAAUACAAACAAAAAAAAUAUAUAUACAUAUAUAGUGAUUCGUAGGAUGUUUUGAAUUUUCAAAAAAAAUUUUAUGAUCCUGUUACCGUUACUAUUUUAAGAGACACAGAUUUUGCAUUACAAUUAAUUUGGAUGAAAAAUUCUUUAAACUGUUGUAAUGAAAAGUGACUUCAAACUGUUAUUUAGAAAAAAAAAAAAAAAGAAAUCAUAUCUACUGUUUACUGAUCUAAUCAACGAUCAGUAAUCUACUUGGUCUUAUUUUAAAGCAUGAAGUUUUUACUUUGACUGUCCUGAGAGUGUUUCUUUCUCAACGUAACGACUGAGAAAGUGUUCUUUUCUUUAGAAAUUCAGACGUCUUUAGAAAAAAAUUUCUCGGUUACUAAAUCCAUCAUCAUUUUGAAGAUUCAAGAUUUCCUUUCUACAACGACGUCUUAAAUUUGCUGUAAGAUCCUUUUUCCCGUCAUUUGAUUCGACUUUGAACGUUGGAGUUGAAAGACAAAAAUUCAAGAAAUUCUAACAUUUGGCCAUCCAACCUUGCAAUGUUCAAAAUUCAAUAAAAUAGUGAAAAAUGAUUGUACAGCAAACUAAAAGGUACUGUUGCAGAGAGAAGACUUCAAUCUUCAAAACCGCUGAUGAAUCAACUCGCGGGAAAAGUUUUCCAAUAUUUUUAGAGACGUUUGAAUUUUUUCGCCGGCUGUACGAUAAGUAAAGUCAUUCGAAUUUAAAACGACCAAAGUAAAUGCGUUAAAACGAGACCAAAUAAACUGUCGUGCGAUUCUUCAUCAAUCGUCGAUCAUUCAUCGUUAUCACUUAUAUGUGUAAAAUUAUAAUUUUUCUACGGAAAAACCUUCGAGUGCAAAGGAUUGACAAUUUUUGAAUUUUUCUCGGCGAAGAUUUCUCUCGACGUUCGCGGCGUUUAUUGUACAUAAGAACUACUCCAUGUUUGUGUAAAUAUAUAUAUAUAUAUAUAUGAAAUUUCUGAAAACUGGAACACCCGGAGUUAUCGUUGACAUAAGUUGGUAACCGUUUGGACAACGCGACUUGAAGGAGAGAAAAAAAAAAAAAAAGAGAAAGGAGUUCGCGUGGUCGAAAAGGGUUGAGAGAUCCUCUCGAUCGAUAACGCCGGGUGAAUUUCGAUCGUAACGUGCGCGAGAGAGAGAGAGAGAGAGAGAGAGAGAGAGAGAGAAAGAGAGAAAGAAAGGAGAGUUUGCUGGAAUAUUUGACGACAUUCUCGUCGUCGCGUGACGGAAUUACCUUAAGCUAGUCCCCCGUGUAAAAGAGCAGAUGGUGGUCGUACCAUGUGAUAUUUAAUGGAUGUGAGAGUGGAUUCGUGCUUACACACGUCCCCGGGGAAAAUCGGAACGCAGUCUUCGUUUCAGAACGUUUUCAGAAUUCAGAAAUAAUGAACAGGAAACAUUAGAAAUUUCCGAUCAGUUCCAGAGACUUGAACGAACAAGGUAAAAGUGGCUCGUGCACUGUAUUUUCUUUGUUUCUUUUGCCCCAGUGUCUCUGGAAUGGAAAUUUCAAUCGUUGGUAGUUGCAGCGUCAAGUGCAAACGGCAAAGGGGAACAAUUUCAUUGUCUCCGAUUCUCCCCGGUCUCGUUUCGCGUUCUAUUGAUCCAAUCGGUGUGCAAUAUCGCGAGAUACAUACGUAAAAUGAGAGAAUGAGUGUGUGUGUGUGUGAGAGAGAGAGAGAGAGAGAGAGAAAAAUAGAGAGAAUGGUACUCGCGAACCGACGAGCAACAGUCGGACUAAUUGUUCUUCUUUCCGGCGUUGUAUUAAGCAGUCAGUGCACCUGUUGCACUCUCGAGCAGAGAGAAAGAGAAGGAAAAGAAAAAAGAAAUGGGGCUUCUGUCGAAUGGGAUUGGAGAACAUGGCGGAUGUGUACGAUUACGUUGUAACAAUGAGGUUUUAUAUAAUACACGGUAACCAUUAUA